UGCUUCACAUAAUGAGAUCAGUAACUCCUGUAAGCCCAACAGCUUCACUUCACAUAGUUUUUUUUUGUUCUCCUGGACCUGUGUGAUGUCACAGGGAAAGACCAGAGUAGAUUAGAACAGAAUAGAAAAAAAACUUUAUUAUCCACAUCAGUGGGAGAUUGUCUUUGGUUCACCAAAUUAAAAGACUGAGUGACACUGCAGAAAGCAGAGCAUUGUUCACGAGCAAACCUUCAGAAAAACAGCAAGUUUGACUUUCACACCUGGUUUCGUACUUAUUGACCUCCUUUACCUGAUAUUUCCUCUUUGCUCGAGCUCCUUGUUUUUCUGCAGGAGUUGAAAGGUCGGCACUAGGACCCAUCGGACAGCUGACCGGCUGGUGAUCCGGCGCUAGGACCCGGCGGACACCGCGCUCCUCUCUUUGUUUCCACCAGUCAGCGCCUCCUCCUCCUCCUGCUGCUGUCGUCCUCCUGUAGUCUCACUCCGAGUCUCUCUCCAUCAGCAGCGGCUGGAUGCUUGCAGGGACGGAAACAUGGCUGUGAAUCUCGGCAAGAACCGGCUGGCCCUGCUCACCGCCUACCAGGACGUCAUCGACGAGACCACGGACACCGACUGGGCCUUGUACACAUACGAGGAUGAAAGCAACGACCUGACGCUGGCGGCGUCCGGAGGAGGCGGCCUGGCAGAGAUCACGCUGACCUUUGACAGCGGCAGGGUGAUGUACGGCUUCUGCGGCCUGAAGGAGCCCGCCGCCGCUCUGCCACGAUACAUCCUCAUCAACUGGGUUGGAGAUGAUGUGCCAGAUGCCAGGAAGUGUGCCUGUGCCAGCCAUGUCGCCACCAUUGCAGACUUCUUCCAGGGGGUGGAGGUCAUCAUCAAUGCCAGCAGUCUGGAGGACAUCGACCCCAUGGCCAUCGGGCAGCGCCUGACCAAUGGGACGGCAGCGGUGGCGAGCCCGGUCCUGAGCCGUCUGAAGACCCGAGAUGAAGAGCACGCAGACGUGGGCACGGUGUACGAGAAGACCAACGCAGAGGUGGAGAUGAAGAAAAUCAAUAGACAGGAGUUUUGGGAGCAAGCCAAGCGUGAAGAGGAGAUGAGGAAGGAGGAGGAGAAGAAGAAGUUGGCAGAGGAGCGGCAGCGCUUCGAGGAGGAGCGAAUGGAGCUGGAGAGGAAAGAGCAGGAGAACCGAGAGAAGAGGUACCGCGAGAGGGAGCAGCAGAUCGAGGAGCACAGAAAGAAGAUGCAGGAGGAGGAAGAGGCCAAAGAGAGGUUGCGGAAUCAGACCCCCGUAGUAGCAGAGCCGAGCAUCGAGGACCUCAACCUGGACAAGAAGGAAUCUGAGGUAGAGGAGGCGAAGGCCAUCAUCGCUCAGCGGUCAGGAAACCCUCGAGAGUUUUUCAAGCAGAAGGAGAGAGCCAUGACCAUCAGUGUGGACACCUCGCCCGUCUCCAUCCACCGGAGCGGCCGUUUGGACAGCCCGUUCUUGAGGCAGCAGCACAGUCCCAGCAGCCCCAGUCCGACCCCCCCGCACCGGGGCAUGUCGCCCCUCCGCACCCCGCCACAUGCACGGACGCAGCCCACCGCUGCAGCCGCGGACAAUGACGAUGAAGUGAGCACAGAGCGCAACAUGGCCGCCGUGUCACCCAUUCCUAAAAUAGUCACCACGCCCAUCAAAGAUGACUACAGCAGGGAUGAGAAGGAAGACCACGCAGACGAGUGGGAUUUGGUGCCAAAGCAGGAGCAGAAACCCCCGGUCCAGGAGUCGACGCCCACCAAGCCCGUGCAGAGCGUCGCCCCGCAGGCCCGCGACUCCUCCGCUGUCUCUGCGUGCGAGUCUGGCACAGACAGCCUGGUUGAUCUGUGGGGCGGCAGCUCCGCCCCUCCAGCCAACAUCGUCCAGCCCGCCCAGUCCUCCCAGUCCUCCAAUCUGGUGGACCUAAUGGGAGAUGUCCUCCAUGACAACCUCCCGCCCAGCACCGCUGCCGCCAGCGGCCGGCCUCAGCCGCUCCUCAGCUUUGACGACAUGAUGGACGGGACUUUCUGCUCGGGUACUGGCGCCGAAGACGACCCGUCCAGUUUGGUGGACGUGACGGGCUCUGAUCAGAUGACCCUCAGCUACCAGCAUGCACUGCAGCAUGCAUCUGGGGAGGGCCAGGAGCUGGAUGACGGACAGCUGCUGAUGACCAAUGGGGAGGCUCUGCUGAAAGAAGGCACUCAGGCGAGCGAGGGCUACUUCAGCCAAUCACAGGAGGAGGAAUUCGGGACAACAGAGGAGUCCUCGGCUAAACCCGCACCGGUCUUUUAUAACAAGCCACCAGAGAUUGACAUCACGUGCUGGGACACGGACCCCGUGGUUGACGAUGAAGAUGACUAACCGGCCUAUAUGACACCCACACCACCGCCACCGGACCAAGAGGAAGUAGGAAGUGUGCUUCAUGAAGAAACAGAAUUUUUUUCUAAAAAAUAAAAAGAAACAAACAAAAAAAGUAAUAAUAACAAGUCUUGCAUCAAAACUACUUCUGUAUUAUCUUUUAGAAUCAGUAGCCACAGAAAAAAGACAGGGUUGUUGACGGUUUGGAAUGAUUUUCUUUUCUGUGUU